AUGUCGUCGUCUCCUUCCUCGGCGCAUUGGCUGAGCUUGGUAGGGAGCGUCUGGCUCCAGACCAUCAACGGGCCCAACGCCGACUUCCCCGUUUACUCGUCGCAGCUCAAGGAGAUCAAGGGCAUCUCCCAGGUGCGGCUCAACUUCCUGGCCUUCGCCUCCGACGCCGGCAAGCUCUUCGGCUGGUUCGCGGGGGUGGCCGCGCUGCACCUCCCGCUCUGGGUGGUGGCGCUCACCGGCGCGACGUUCGGCCUCGUCGGGUACGGCGUGCAGUUCCUGUUCCUCGACAGGGCCGGCCUCGCGUACUGGCACCUGUUCGUGCUCACCUCCCUCGCCGGCAACGGCAUCUGCUGGAUCAACACGGUGUGCUACCUGCUGUGCAUCCGGAACUUCCCCUCGCACAGCCGCGUCGCGGUCAGCCUGGCCACCAGCUACCUCGGGCUCAGCGCCAAGUUCUACACCACCAUGGCGGAGACCAUCCCGAGGGCGGCCAGGGCGAGGUACUCCACCACGGAGGUGUACCUCCUCCUCAAUGCCGUCGUCCCGAUGGUCGUCACGCUCGUGGCGGCGCCGUCGCUCCGGGUGGUCGACCUCAAGGACAAUCAGGAGGACCACCGCAAGAGGACCGCCGAAGCGCCGUUCCUCGCCAUGUUCGUGAUCACCCUGGCCACCGGAGCCUGCGCCAUCGUCGGCAGCAUAGGCGCCAAGUCCAUCGGGCUCUCGUCCAGAGAACACAUGGUCAGCUUCUACGUGAUGCUCGCCCUGCCUCUACUGAUCCCGGUGUGGCUCAGAGUCAGGGAGAGCACGGCCAAGAUACGCGAGACUAUGUGGGAGAACCGGGUCCACGACCACGACUCCGACGGGCCCGAGACGACGGCGGUGUCCGCGUCGGUGUCGGUGUUCGAGAUUGAGGCGGAGGACAAGCAGGAGCAGCAGGCAGGGCCGGAGGUCGAACAGAGUAGGAGUAGUAGUCAAGAGGAGGUCGGCGGCCUCCGCUUGCUGCGGCAGCUUGACUUCUGGCUGUACUUUUUCAGCUACAUGUUCAGCGGCUCUGUGGGUCUGGUCUUCCUCAACAACCUGGGACAGAUCGCCGACUCCCGAGGACUCGCCGACGCGUCCACUCUGGUUUCCCUGUCCUCCUCCUUCGGCUUCUUCGGUCGUCUCCUUCCCGCCUUCUUGGACUACUACACUGCCAAGAGUGGCUACUCCCUAUCAAGAACCGCGUCCAUGGCGUGGCUGAUGGCUCCCAUGCCCGGCGCGUUCAUGCUGCUGCUGCACCCAAAGAACAUGUUCCUGUACGCCAGCACGGCCGUGGUGGGCACGUGCACGGGCGCCAUCACCUCGGUGGCGGCGUCGACGACGAACGAGCUGUUCGGCACCAAGAACUUCGGCGUCAACCACAACGUGGUGGUGGCCAACAUCCCGCUGGGCUCGCUCUGCUUCGGCUACCUGGCCGCGUUCGUGUACCAGAGGGGCGCGCACGGCGGCAACCGCUGCCUCGGCGCCGCCUGCUACCGGGACAGCUUCAUCCUCUGGGGCGCCACGUGCGCCCUGGGCACGGCGCUCUGCACCGUGCUGUACGCGCGGUCGCGCCGUUCCACCGCCGGCAGGCUACCCCGCUAG